UUAUUUUGAAUUCGCAUCAUUUCCUGCCGUUUAAAAAACUGUUCUCUGUAGCACUGCUGUAUCUUCCACUGUGUCGCAGCGCGUUUAUUUACUUGAAGUGUGCUUUGAAGUCGAAAGCUAAUCGACUGAAGAUGAAUGUGAUCGAUCAUGUGCGGGAUAUGGCCGCGGCCGGACUGCACUCUAAUGUCCGGAUCAUCAGUAGUUUACUCCUGACCAUGAGCACCAACAACCCGGAGCUUUUCUCACCGUCUCAGAAGUACCAGCUGCUGGUGUAUCACGCUGAUGCUAUUUUCCAUGAUAAAGAGUACAGGAACGCAGCCUGUAAGUACAACAUGGCUUUACAGCAGAAGAAAGUGAUCAGCAAAACAUCUAAGGUGCGUCCAUCCAGCACAGGCAGCACAACAUCUGCGCUUCAGGCUCAGAACUUGCCGUCAGAGAUUGAAGUGAAAUAUAAAAUCGCGGAGUGUUACACUUUUCUGAAGCUGGAUAAAGAUGCCAUAUCAGUGCUGGAGGGGAUCCCGUCACGCCAGAGAACGCCCAAGAUCAACAUGAUGCUGGCGAAUCUUUACAGGAAGUCUGGUCAGGAGCGGUCAGCUGUAACCAGCUAUAAGGAAGUGUUGAGACAGUGUCCUCUGGCUCUGGAUGCUAUUAUUUGGCUUCUGUCUCUGUCGGUGAAGGGGGCAGAGGUCGCUUCCAUGACGAUGGACGUGAUUCAGAGCAUCCCCAAUCUUGAUUGGCUGUCUGUCUGGAUUAAAGCACAUGCUUUCAUACAUGGAGGAGACAAUCAGAGAGCCAUCAACACUAUCUGCUCUUUGGAGAAGAAGUCACUCUUGAGGGAUAACGUUGAUCUUUUAAUCACUCUGGCGGAUGUGUACUUCAGGGCUGGAGACACAAAGAACUCCAUCCUGAAGUUUGAGCAGGCACAGAUGCUUGAUCCCUACCUGAUCAAAGGUAUGGAUGUAUACGGCUAUCUGAUGGCCAGGGAGGGUCACCUGGAAGAUGUGGAGGUUCUCGGAGGACGGCUGUUCAACAUAUCUGACCAGCAUGCUGAGCCCUGGGUCAUAUCUGGAUGUCACAGUUUCUACAGUAAGCGUUACUCUCGUGCCCUGUAUCUGGGAGCUAAAGCCAUCCAGCUGAACAGUAACAGUGUGCAGGCGCUGCUCCUGAAGGGGGUGGCGCUGAGGAACAUGGGCCGAGUGCAGGAGGCCAUCAUACACUUCAGAGAAGCCAUGAGACUGGCGCCCUGUCGUCUGGACUGCUAUGAAGGUCUGAUUGACUGCUAUCUUGCCUCUAAUGGUGUCCGGGAGGCUAUGGGAAUGGCCAACAAUAUUUACAAGACCCUGGGAGCGAACGCCCAAACUCUCACCAUCCUGGCCACAGUGUGUCUGGAAGAUCCCAUGACCCAGGAGAAGGCCAAGACUCUGCUGGACAAAGCCCUCGCUCAGAGGCCCGACUAUAUCAAAGCUGUCGUGAAGAAAGCAGAGCUCCUCAAUCGAGAACAGAAGUAUGAGGAAGGAAUAGCUCUUCUAAGGAACACAUUAACCAAUCAGAGCGACUGCGUGCUGCACAGGAUGCUGGGGGAUUUUCUCGUAGCUGUUAAUGACUAUCAGGAGGCCAUGGACCAGUACAGUAUAGCGCUAAGCCUCGAUCCGAAUGACCAGAAGUCUCUGGAGGGCAUGCAGAAGAUGGAGAAGGAGGAGAGUCCCACGGACGCCACGGUGGAGCUGGACGGAGACGAUAUGGAGGGCAGCGGGGAGGAGGGAGAUCUGGAGGGCAGUGACAGUGAGGCGGCGCAGUGGGCCGAUCAGGAGCAGUGGUUCGGCAUGCAGUGACCCUCAACACUUCAGCUUCAGCACUAAUUACACCAUCAUUCACUCUUCAUGUGUUCUCCAACCGUAGCU